UACCAACCCAUUCUGCUGUUAUCAAAUGGAGAGCAACGUCAUUUUCCUAUAUUAAGCUCCGUUAACAGCCUGGCACUGGCACACGCAGCAGAUGGCAUGAAGACCUAGUCAAACCCAGGCUGAACUCCGACAACUUUCCCAGUGAGUUAUGCACCUGCAGCAGCAGCUCCCCUCACCGUCCACACCGGCCAACAAACCGGUGAGUCUGGACAAUGGUUUCCCGCACAUCAUCAUGACGGCCGCCGCGGGGGUCGAGCGCGUCUCCUCCUCCUGCUCCUCCGGGGACGCGUACGAGCCGCCGCUGAAAAGACCGAGAAGCCCGUCACCAAACGCGCGGGAGGCACGGGAUGACGGAGAGAGUGAAAACAAGCCCGGAUCAAGCGACGCCCGGACAGAUUUCGCCUCGGAUAUGUUCUCGUAUGCGGGUCAGCAUGUGGUGCCUGCGCUCUCGGGUCACUAUAUGAGUCCUCACCCGGUCGUCGGCAGCGGCUCGUACAGUGGGCUGAGCUACUCGUACCCUCAGCCGUAUGGACAAACUUACGCCAACGCAGCGGUCUAUCCGUUCCCCGCGGUGUCCGGUAAAGCCCAGGUUAAUCUGUGUAACAGGGCGCUGUGGUUUAAAUUCCACAGACACCAAACUGAAAUGAUCAUCACUAAACAGGGGCGACGGAUGUUUCCGUGUCUAACUUUUAAUGUUUCUGGUCUUGACCCGGCGGGUCAUUAUAAUAUUGCUGUGGAUGUAAUUCUGGCGGAUCCAAACCACUGGAGGUUCCAGGGCGGAAAAUGGGUCCCCUGUGGCAAAGCGGACACUAAUGUUACCGGAAACCGAGUGUACACGCACCCGGACUCUCCAAACACUGGCGCGCACUGGAUGCGUCAGGAGAUCACUUUCGGAAAACUCAAGCUGACAAACAACAAAGGGGCUUCCAGCAACUCCACUCAGAUGAUCGUCCUACAGUCUCUCCAUAAAUAUCAGCCAAGGGUUCAUGUGAUUGAAAUAAACAAGAAUGGAGAUGAAGAUACCAGCGAUCCUGACGGAGUGCAGACAUUCACCUUUCCCGAAACACAGUUUAUAUCUGUCACCGCUUACCAGAACACAGAUAUAACUCAACUGAAAAUUGAUCACAAUCCAUUUGCCAAAGGAUUUCGGGAUAAUUAUGAUGCAAAAUACAGUAUGGAGAACCCUGACCGUCUGACACCCAGUGACUCUCCACACUCUCAGCUUCUGCCUGGUUCAAGGUACGCAAUGCCAAGCGCAUUAUUCCAGGAGCAGUUUGUCGACAGUUACACCAAAUCCUGCUUUAUGACUGGCACUCCUGAGCGAGGACUUGAGUUCACUAACAGCAUCAUGACCUCCAACCAAAUCCAAGAAAGCAGCGUGACUUCCGGCCAGCGCUGGUUUGUGUCUUCAUCCUCUGUUCCAUCAUACGAAGCUGAUGUUGACACUGCGGCUCUGCUUUCUUACUCCACAGCAGGGGUUAAAAGUUUGCCUUUUACUAGUACCGGUGGCGCAAGUAACAAUUUGGAUUACUAUACCAGCCCUGCUGGAUGGGAUUCACGGGGUUCGCUAGAGAACGGGAGUAAAACCAUUUCAAAUGUCUCUGGGUGGGUUUUAGAUGCGACUCUUGAAAGAUCAAUGCAGCCGUGUUACUUGCCAGAUGACGGAGAAUUGGUGGAAAGAUCCAGUUUAGGGGUUUCAGAGGAGCUUGGAGGAAAAGAUGUGGAUUCGACAUGGACUGAUACUCAAUCUUCCAUUAAAUCAGUCGAUUCGAGUGAUUUAAGGAUUUUGGAAGAGGCACCAAAGGACGAUCUGUCUAUCCAUCCAGAUUCAGAAGAUCAGGCUGUAGAGGAUGUGCGGAACAGAGCAAGAAAUGGGAUCAAAGAAUCAGGCUUUUUUAAUUUUGACGCUUAAAUGUGAAGCUGCAUAAGACGAGUGUACAAUUCUGUUGUUGAUAAUAUUGAAUUCAUUUUAUAAUUGAUGUGAACAGUGUUUGUAGAUCACAAUUAGAGAACAUUUUAUAAAAUUCUUUUUUUUUCUUUAAAUUUUUAGUUGAAUCAAAUGAACUCUUCUAAUCAUCUCAACUUAAAUUCAACGUAGGCUCAUUCUGAAAACGUAGCCCUAUAUACGUUUCGGAAGAUCUCCAAUUAUGUAGACAGACGUACAUAUGGAUGCAUUUCGUCUGAUGCCAUUGAUGCCAUUCCUUUUUGCGCUAGAAGCUGGUGCUUACCUCCGUAUGGAUGGCUUUCCCUCUGUUACCAGUCUGUCCUGUGGCUUGCAGCAUACACCGGCUGACUUGAGAUGCAAAGAGAAGAGUUGACCACAAUGACAGGGUUUGAGUCCAGCAAAGAACGGUUCCAGAAAGCAGGUAAGACAAAAACAGAAGCCAAAAAAUAAAAUAAACAAGUAAAUAAAAGGGAGAUUUACAUGUUAAGUCAAUGCAAAGAUGCGAAUAGGCAUCCUGCGGCGUAAUCUGCAAGAAUGAGGCGGUGCAAAUGAUGCUAUUCGCGCAAAUGAAAUGGCGAGAGUUGAGUGUUUUGCGAAAUUGACGUGAUAGUGGACAUUCACGCUGCGUUAACCAAUCAGAAGUUUGCUCUUGUACGGGUGAGAUUAUGAUGUAGCUCCUGUUGUUGGUGUCCCAGGAGAAAAUCCUCUUGCCGACAUCGCACAACAGCUAAUCAAACUGGGCUCGGCUCAGUCUGAAGCACCUCUGAAAGCUUCUAUCAUCCAGGUACAGUUUCUGUGGGAGUUUAUAAACUCACAGGGCUGGGUGCACCUCUAAAUAGAUCUAGUGGACUCAAACACGGCUCCAAAUGUAUCAACGCUGUUUAUCAUCCUUCCUAAAGCGCAUAAGCAGCUAUUCUCUCAAUAAAAUCCAUGUUAGCCAUUUAGCAACGAAGAUACAGUCACCAAGCACGAAUUACGUAGAUUUGAUGCGCGAAUGAAGCGAGUAAAUGUUCACGUGUCUAUUUACGCAGGAGUAGUGUGAUUUAUCCAUCCGUACUGCGUCUGGUGUGAACACAGUCUGUCUGUCUGUCAGUCAGUCAGUCAACAGCGGCCUCUGGUGGAUUUACAUGAGAGGAGCAGGUGCAAAUGGUGCUCGCGAGAGAUAUUUGGCAGAUUCGCAAAGACAAAAAAUGCAAAAAAACAUACCUUCUGGGAUAUAUUUGGCGCUCUCCAGAAAUGUAUAUAGGGCUACGUUUUCAGAAUGAGCUGGGGUUGCUUAAAUCAGUCAACCUGGCUAAAAAUAUUACGUUAAGCUUUGUGUAGCUAAAAAAAAAAAAAA